CACUCAUCCUCUAGUGGUCAGUCAUGUCACAGUGGUCCUCAGUCAACUCUCAGUUGUCCCAAAUCAUCUUCUUGUGGUCUCCUGGUGGUCAACCGUGUCCUGACAGUCCCCAAACAUCUCCUGAUGGUUCUCAAUCAUCUCCUUGUGAUCCCCAGUCAUCCCCUGGUCUCCAGAUACAUCCGAGUGUACCCCAGCCAUCUGCUAAUGACUCUGGUGGUCACCCAACAUUCCCUGCUUGUCUAUUACAUCCAAGUAGUCCCUGGUGGUUCCCAAACAUCUCCUAGUCGCCCAACAUCCCCUGGUGGCCCCCACUCAAUUCCUGGAAUCUCCAGGCUUCCCUUGGGUGCCUCCACGAUCUCCCAUUGCCCACCAGUGCCCCCAGCCUGGUGUCCCAGCAGGAGUGGAGUGAGGAGCUGGCACAGCUGGCGGUAGAGCGGGUGGCAGGCUGCCUGGAGGGCCCCGCUCCUCCACCAGCCCCACAGCUGGGCUGGAACGAGGCCUUGCUGCCGGUGGGUGCCGGGGGCUUCGUCGAGCUGCUGGAGCGCUGGUUCGCCGAGGGCCAACGCUAUGACUAUGGAGCGGCACGCUGUGCUGGUAAUGCCACCUGCCGCCAUUACACCCAGCUGGUGUGGGCCACAGCAGGGCGGCUGGGCUGCGGCAGGCAGCUGUGUGCCGGGAGCCGGGGCCGCAGCCAGGCUUUUGCCUGCGCCUACUCACCUGGGGGGAACUGGGAACUGGCCGGAGCCCCCAUCGUUCCCUACCAGCGUGGGCCCUGGUGCUCGCUGUGCACUGCCGGCCUCUCAGGCUGCUUCAAGUCCUGGGACCAUGGUGGUGGGCUCUGCGAAGUCCCCAGGAACCCGUGCCGCAUGAGCUGCAGGAACGGUGCACACCUCAACGUCAGCAGCUGCCAGUGCUCCUGUGCCCCGGGCUAUACUGGGCGCUUCUGCCAAGUGCGGUGCAGCAUGCGGUGCCUCCACGGGAAGUUCCGGCAGGAGGAGUGCUCCUGCCUCUGUGAUGCUGGCUACGGCGGUGCUGAGUGUGGCAACAAGGUCCCAUUCCCUUUCCAUGCCUGCGAUGUGAGGAUCGACGGCGACUGCUUCACCGUUUCCCCCGAGGCUGACACGUACUAUGGGGCCAAAGCCAAGUGCCAGGAGAAAGGGGCUAUGCUAGCCCAGAUCAGGAACCAGAAGGUGCAGGAUAUCCUGGCCUUCUACCUCAGCCGCCUGGAGAGCAGCAACAGGGUGAUGGACAACGACUUUGACACCUGUAACUUCUGGAUUGGUCUCACUUACAAGACAUCCAAGGCUUCGUUCCGCUGGGACACAGGAGAGCCUUCUGCCUUCACCAGCUUUGCUUUUGGGCAGCCAGACAACCAGGGAUUUGGGAACUGCGUGGAGAUGCAGGCAGCAGCUGCUUUCAACUGGAACGACCAACGCUGCAAGACCCGAAACCGCUACAUCUGCCAGUUCGCCCAGGAGCACAUCUCCCGAUGGCAGCGGGAGCCCUGAGCAGGUAUCUGCAGGCUGUGGGACAGAUGUGGCACUGGGACCAGCAGAGAAGGGCGUGCGCUGUGCGUCAGCAUCCCAAAGCUGCUCCUCGCCUUCCUCUGUCACCACCUGUGACAGCUGUCGGGGCAGGGAGAUGCCCAGACAGGGGUUUCCAGGUGAGCUGCCAAGGGGACUUCUGGGUGACACAGACCUCGGCAUGGCUCGAGGUGAGGGCUUGGCACUGAACUUCCUCGUCGCCGGGAUAAUAAAGCCUUCUCUCCGUUUGGAAGAGCCACUCGUCCUCUUUUCUCCCACCUGGGUCCUUCACCACCUGGAUCCUGAGACCUGCAGCUCCAGUAGAUGAAUUCAGGAGGAUUUUUCCCCCCCAGAUCCGGACACUGACCUUUCCCUGCUUGGGAAACCGAGGCACGGGGCUGUUCCUGCGCACCCCGAACGCACGCAUCGCUGGGGCCGCUCG